AUGCCAACCAAGAAAAGCAAGACUCGAAGUCGCAAAAAUAAGGAGGCGAAUACAAAGAAAAAGAUACAGUAGGUCGAAAAAUGGUGCCAAAUUAGGCCACGCCCAUUUUUUUGUGCGGUGUUCUGAAAAUGCUUUUUCGCGCGUCUAAAAAGUUCCCUGCCUAAUUUUUUACGUAGUUUUCGAGUUUCGGGUCAAUUUUUAUUGAUUUUUUCAGACAAAGUCAAGAAGUCACAAAAUCUGUAAUUCCUAGUGUCAUAAUCCCGGAGAAAAAAGAGGAGAAAAAAGAGGAGAAAAAGAAGAGCACAACACCGAAAUAUGUUAAAAUUCCACCUGUGACGCCGAAAAAAGAGGAAAAGGAAGAGAAAAAGGAGGAAAAGAAAGAGGAAAAAAAGGAAAAGGAGGAAAAAAUCGAGAAACCAAAGGAAGAAGGCAAAAAAACGCCGAAAGCAAAAACACCAAAUGCUGAGGAGAAGGUACAGUACUCCCAGAUACAGUACCCAUUACAAACAAUUUAUUUUCAGAAUCCCACUUCCUUGGUAAAAUCAUCCAACAAAAGCACAUUCAAAGAGGUCGACGACAAAAAGAAGGUGAAAAUGGAUGAUGGAUAUGAGGAUUUUGGACCGGGAGCUUGA